UCUCACUCACACCAUCUUUCAUCCCACACACAGAACUUUUACUCACCUUUUCCGAGUUGCAAACGAUCACUCACAAUCAGUAACAGCUUGCCGGAACUUCGAACAUGGCUGAGCUCGCCGAAGAUUUCGACGACUUUGCUCAACCAGAGUCUGCGCAAGCUGCGCAACCCACCACCGAGAACGACACGCCUGAGCCGGCAUCAAAAGAGUCACAACAUGACGCGAUUUCAUCAGCAGCAUCAUCUACCACCACCAUCAAACCAGACGCCAAGCGCAACGCAUUCACCGAAAUGAUGCGCCCAAAGCCAAAACCCUCCAUAUCUCAUCAACCGCACCAAUCCAUGGCCCACAAGGCCUCCCAGGUCAUCCGCGGCGUGUGGCGAGGUGCGCUAGUCGAGUACAUCGACCACCCGGAGCGCUUCCCGGCUCAAGUCAUCCGUGCAACGCCCUACACAGUCCUAAUCAAGGACGCCUUCCCCAAAGCCACCAUCCACCUCCUGCUCCUCCCGCGCUCGCCAGCGCACUACCUCCUGCACCCACACACGGCCUUCGCCGACCCGGCCUUCCUGGCCAUGAUGCGCGAGGAAGCGGCCGAGGCAGCCAAGCUGGCAGCCGCCGAGCUCGCGCGGCAGCUGGGCUCCUUCUCCGCAACCAGCCGCGCCCGCAGCGAGGCCAUGGACCGGGGCGUCUCCUACGACCAGCUGCCCCCCGGCAGGGAUUAUAGUAAGGACAUCCGCGUGGGCAUCCACGCGCACCCGUCCAUGGCGCAUCUGCAUGUGCAUGUCAUCUCGCGCGACAUGCGCUCCGAGCGGCUGAAGCACAAGAAGCACUACAACAGCUUCAAUACGCCCUUCUUUGUGCCGUUGGCCGAUUAUCCGCUUGCCGAGGACGAUGUGCGUAGGGAGACCGGGUACCAGAACGCGAAUCUGUCGAAGGGGCUGGUGUGUUGGAGGUGUGGGAGGGAGUUUGGGAGUCAGUUUAAGGCGUUGAAGAGUCAUUUGGAGGAGGAAUUUGAGGCGUGGAGGGCCGAGUGAUUUCAGUUUAUUACUUCAAAAGCGGGAUGGCUGCGAUACAGGAAACCGCUCAAGAAUGGUGCUGUCUUCUACGGUGGCCACCAUGCUUGGGGAGGA